AUCUCUUUUGAGCCGAAACGUUCUAGGUGCAAUGUCAAUUUAUGACAGGAGGACCUUUGUCACAGCUGGCAGCAUGUUUUACUACCAAGGUAUACUUAGCAGGGAGCGUAAGCAGAGGUCGGCCCUCGUAAGCGAGCAGGUACUUAGAAGCGCUAUAUCCGUUGGGAGGUCGACAAGGGGGCCAUUCAGUGUCGUGAGGAAGUGCAUUCACCGGCAGACUGGGCAGACCUUCGCCGUAAAAAUCGUCGAUGUGGCGAAGUUUACCUCCAGUCCCGGAUUGAGCACCGCCGACCUGAAGCGCGAGGCGACGAUAUGUCACAUGCUGAAGCAUCCGCACAUCGUCGAGCUCCUCGAGACCUACAGCUCCGAAGGCAUGCUCUACAUGGUCUUCGAGUACAUGGACGGCUCGGAUUUGUGCUUCGAAGUCGUACGUCGUGCCACGGCUGGCUUCGUGUACAGUGAGGCGGUCGCCAGCCACUACAUGCGCCAGAUCCUGGAAGCUCUCCGCUACUGUCACGAGAACGACAUAAUUCAUCGGGACCUGAAGCCGCAGUGCGCCCUCUUGGCCGGCAAGGAGAACUCCGCUCCGGUGAAGCUGCGCGGCUUCAGCGUGGCGGUCCAGCUUCCGGCAUCACAGGCGAACGGUGUCGGACGAGUUGGAUGUCCACAUUUUAUGGCCCCGGAAGUGGUUCAACGUCGGCAGUAUGGGAAACCGGGAGAUGUGUGGUCAGCCGGGGUCCUCCUCCACGUGCUUCUGACAGGCACUCUACCUUUCGUCGGCUCGAGAGAUCGCCUGCGAGAUGCGAUUUGUCGAGGUCGUGUUCAGAUGGAAACGUCACUCUGGGAUUCCAUCAGUGAGCCCGCAAAGGAUCUCAUCCAGAGGAUGCUAACGACCGACGUGAAUCACAGGAUCACGAUUCAGGAGGUUCUCAACCACAAAUGGCUCCGAGAUCGGGACAAGGGCGCGGUCCGGGUGCACCUGGCGGAGACUAUAGAAGAGCUUAAGAAAUUUAACGCGAGGCGGAAACUGAAGGACGCAGUGAUAGCGGCCGUCUCCUCCUCGAAGUGGCACACCCCUUACGCGGAGGCCAAUGGCGACAGCUUUUCCGAUGUCGGGGAUGACGAGGUCACGACUACAGGUGCCGUCGCCGAGAUCAUUGACUCGCUGGACGAUAUUGAAAUACUUCAAGAGAGUGGCAGACUGACGCGAGGCGAAAUCCUUUCUGCCGUCGACGACCUAAGGCUUCGAGCGGUUCUGGAGCUGUACGACAGAAUCUCGAACCGAGUACCAACGCCGAACCGGGGACUGCAGACGGAUGCUGUCCAGCGCGCGAGAGAAGUUGAAGAGGUCUUACGAGAAGCCGAGCUGUCCGCCAUUAGAAACGUCGAUCGGGCUGAUCUCCGGGAACUUCAGGAACUCCUCCUCCAACCGCACCUACGGGCUUUGUUGCAAGCCCACGACGUGGCGGGCCACGAGGUAUACGGGGAGGAUGCAACAAGGGUGACACCUCCUCCGUUGCUACCAUACUUGAAUGGUGGUGACGACCUCGAAGGGCAAAAUGGUGACCUAGACCUGGAGAACGUCACUCGGGUCAGACUGGUGCAGUUCCAGAAGAACACGGAUGAGCCGAUGGGGAUCACGCUCAAAAUGAAUGAGGACGGGAAGUGCAUCGUGGCGCGAAUAAUGCACGGAGGGAUGAUCCACCGACAGGCGACGUUGCACGUCGGGGAUGAGAUAAGAGAAAUCAACGGUGUUCCUGUUGCCAAUCAGUCGGUCAAUGCCUUGCAAAAGAUUCUCCGGGAAGCUCGAGGUUCGGUGACGUUCAAGAUAGUACCGUCAUACAGGAGUGCGCCGCCCCCCUGCGAGGUACAAAUCUUCGUUCGGGCCCAGUUCGACUACGAUCCUUUGGAGGACGAGUUGAUCCCGUGUGCACAGGCGGGCAUCGCCUUCAAGACGGGCGACAUCUUACAGAUCAUCAGCAAGGACGAUCAUCACUGGUGGCAGGCGCGUAAAGACAACGCGGCUGGUUCCGCGGGUCUGAUACCGUCGCCGGAGCUCCAGGAAUGGCGCAUCUCUUGUAUGGCCAUGGAGAAGAAUAAACAGGAACAAGUAAAUUGCUCAAUAUUCGGCCGGAAGAAGAAGCAGUACAAGGAUAAGUAUCUCGCGAAGCAUAAUGCAGUCUUCGACCAGCUGGAUCUGGUCACCUACGAGGAAGUCGUGAAGCUCCCAUAUCCCGCCUUCCAACGUAAAACUCUGGUGCUGCUGGGAGCUCACGGCGUGGGCCGGCGCCAUAUUAAGAAUACGAUUAUCGCCAAGCACCCCGACAAGUACGCCUACCCCAUUCCACAUACAACGAGGCCUUCGCGAAACGACGAAGAAAACGGGCGCAAUUAUUACUUCGUAUCGCACGACGAGAUGAUGGCAGACAUCGCUGCUAACGAGUACUUGGAAUACGGAACCCACGAGGAUGCCAUGUACGGUACGAAGCUGGAGACAAUUCGGAAGAUCCACGAAGAGGGUAGGAUGGCCAUCCUGGACGUGGAGCCUCAGGCCCUGAAGGUCCUGCGCACUGCGGAAUUUGCGCCUUACGUCGUCUUCAUCGCGGCGCCUGUACUUCAAAAUUUCGCCGACUACGACGGGAGCCUGGAGCGGCUGGCGAAGGAAUCGGACAUGCUGAAGCAGGCCUACGGGCACUUCUUCGACCUGACGAUCGUGAACAACGAGAUCGAGGAGACGAUCGCGCAGCUGGAGGCGGCGAUCGAGCGAGUGCACACAACACCGCAGUGGGUCCCCGUGUCCUGGGUCUACUGACAGCGGACCUCGCCAAGCCACAUCGUGACUUCGGAGUGCAACGGCUCGUCCCGAGGUAGGCCGUGAUCCCUAGGGACCCACCUGGCAGCGAUCGAUCGGGAUCGCCGAUCAUCGGUCGGCGAGGCCGAGCCGGUCACCGGAGGAUGUCAAGCCAGUCGAGCGGACCCACCAGCAAGAGGACUCGAGUGAUAACACCGUGGCCGCGUGUUCAUCGUACCGUUAACUACCACCGAUAUAUGCCGACAUAUAUCAGGAUCGGACCAAGCGUGGUGCAGUCGAUCUGCCGGCGCUUCGAGGGAUCGAAGACCAAACUCGGGGACGCCGAAGCGCCGGUGAUCGACCGGGGAGUACCUCUUGUAAGAUGCUCGGCGUGCCUCUUUCCGGGUACUUACCCCGGUGCGUGUCCAGCUCGUGUUCCUGCGUGCCUUGCGUACCCCGGGGCACGCUCCAGGAAGCGUCUCGACGCAUGCCCCGGCAAGCACGAUCGGGGACGAUCAGGGAUCCGGGGGAGCGGGAACGGCACCUCGUUGCCGGGGACCGUUCCGUCGAGUUGCUUAACGUUACCUAGGAACCGUACACCGGGUCUCGAGACGUCUGUCGAAGAGAGCUCGAUUCCGGGUCGGCUGCCUCGGCUGUGUCGAGGACACGCUCGGGAUCUUCAGACAUGGUCACGUAUUCGCGAGAGUGCUCGAUCGGAUUGGGCGUGCUCCUGUCGGGUACACGAGGUACAUCGGGUAGCGUGCCGAGUUUUGUAAAAGGAUGGACCUGUAGGAGAUUAUUUAUGGAUAUGUACAUGUGGUUGUUAUGUAUGACUGACGUACCUCUUCUGGCAUUUAUUUCUAACGCCGCAAGAUGGGCCUGGACGGACUUCUUGAAGAUCCAUGCGAUUAAUAUCCAGGGGGUUCGGGUCGACUCGUCGGAUUCGAUGCUCGAGGUUGGAACGAUCGGAGUCUCGACUUCGACUCGACCUCGAUCGAGAUCUCCCGCAUCCCUGCAUCGGUCGGUCCGUGGGACAGAAACGGAAGGGGAUGGAACUCCUAUAUCCAUCGGCGAUGCGGCGACCGAUCGAAGCUGCAAUCGAGCGAGUCGUUUCGUUUUAGCGAAGAACGAAGCACGGUCAAACGGAAUUGCGUCGAGUGUCCUCGGGUGGAACUAGGAACUGGCAGGCCGGAUGCGCACUCCUUCUCGCACUAACGAGCAUAGCCGUAUCGCUGUCUCUCUCCUCAUGUAGUGGAGUGCGCUCCGGAUGGUCUGACGCCAGUUUUUCAUAUGUACUCAUAGGUCGAAGUCGGGUGUUUUGAGAUUACCUAUUUUGAGCGCUACGGGCUUACUCUUGCAGGAGGUACUCCGAUCCGCUACGGGGAUAACCCUGGCGUUAUCGUCGCGACUCUCGACGACCGAUUCGCGAUUUUCGCUUUACGUCCCGUCGAUCGUCCUUGCGAGCUCCUAGAGAAUUCCGGAGCGAUCGCUCGGUUACUCGACCCUCGCUUCCGCGCCUCGUUUACAUCCGAACGAGCUGUAAACUUUUUAAAUUGCGCUCGAAAUUAACACGAACCGCCUCGGCGUGUGCGGCCGCGGGCUCAUGCUACACUGUCAAAAAUGCAGGCAAAAUUACACAACGAAUGACCCCUUAAUUGCACGAGGAGUAAUGGACCCCCUCGUCGAGUGUCAUUUAUUUCAGAGCUCUUAAAUUACGCGAACGGGAAACAAUUAUGCUGCGAAUUACAUUCACGAGUAGCGAUGCUUUACUUAAAAUUUUGGGAAAAAAAAAGAUAUUGUAUUAAAACCUGUCGCAACUUCUUCAUCCAUUCUUACAAGACUUUCCGCGAGUAUUGGAGGAUUUCAUUCCUAACUUUUUUAAUGGAAUGGUCAUUUUUAAUAUGUUAUCUUACUAUGCCACUUUUCAAUAGCGCUUGGCGUUCCUUGUGUAAUUUUAUGUAUACUUUAACAGUGUAAGAACGACACGUUGUCGGGAAGCGCAAGCGACUACCGAGGAUUUGCGCGAGUAUGGCGUGGAAAAAAGGAAUCUCUUAAUUGACUAUCUGUAACCUCUAGUUGCCUCUAUUGUACUUAUGCUAUUAAGGAGAUUAGGAAAUUCGUCCGAUAGCCAAGGAAUCCACCGCAAUAAUUAUACGCCGGUAGAGCUGAAAUCGGCAAUGUCUUUGAGACCAAGUCUUUCGUUUCGACUUGGUACCAAUUUCUCGGCACAGCUGUUAUACCGAUCUUAGUACCUUCGUCGCGCGCCUAUCAGCUAGAAAUCGUUAUCUCGCGAUUUAAGCGAUCGGGUACAUGCCUCCCUAUUGAAACGUGCAAACCUCUUUCGGUUUUUAGGGGUGCAAAUGAAAUUAUUAACGCUUCGAUCAAUUUGUAUCCCACUUUCUGUUAUUACGUAUCACAAAAUGCUAGUCUUAACAAUUCUGCAUAAAGUGACCUUGUUAAAUCCUCCUAAACUCUAAGGGAGAUUUUUAAACAAAUUAAGGCCAAACAUCAUUACUUGUAUACUUUUUCAUGUUAACCUUUAUUACUCGAAAUCUAAUCGUUGGUUUCUUUGUGAGUCUCUUGUAAUGACGAUUUUCUACGAGGGUGCUCCAUUCGCGAUAUAACCAAGUACACCGAAUAUAAGAUGCUGCCUGCUAGGAUAUGAGUUCAUCUGCACAAAAUACAGAAAAAUGGCGAUAUCUUUCUUCUUAUCGUAAUACGUGUUUGAUCUUAUUGUCAGAUUAUUGCUCUUCAUAUGUUUAAUAUAUUUAUUGAAUAAACCGAUCUAGUAUACCCGGCUCUAGUACACCAAGUGCAAAGCGAUAUAUUCUUCCGCUACCGAAUUGUUAUUGAAAAUCUGUAUUAAUGGCUAAGGUGGUAACGAUAAUGCGCGAGACAUGAUUUUCAGAGGGGCGAAACGAGGAAAUUAGAUGUGUUCGAGAUUUACAUCUCGGAUUGACGUUAAUGAAAAGAAAGAUAAAUAUUGAGAUUUCUAAAUGGCCAUUGAAUUGAAUUUAGGAUCGAAACCGAAUGUCUUUGCCAAGCCACUUGAGGAAAAACAUUUGUCUUAAAAUGAUUCCAGGUCAUGUCUCUCUAGAAUACUUAUCUAGAAAGAGUCACUUGAACAUUAUCAGUUUAUUCCUCCCGUUACAAUGUCUUGCUAACCUGGAUUUCAAUAGGGAGAUGUAUACCUCUUGUACCUACCCUUAACUCUUUAAUUGACAGACGUUUCCAUUUCUUCAAAAGGCGUGAUCAGUUUACCUACAUUUUUUUAUCAUUCAAAUAAUGCAAACCCUCAAUGCACUUAAUUAAAAUAAAAAUAUAUAUAUCUUCACGGCCGAGCACUGAACUCGCGCUACAAUUUCUUUAGAAGUACCUUAACAUAAUUUAACAAACUGCAUUGAUAAUUCGAUAUUAACAUUUUGCCCCGAUAUUGUGUGGCUCAUAGAAAAACCUGCCAAGUGGUCAUCUCGAUAAAAAAGUUCGAAGCAAUCCUUUUCCAGCAAGAUCGCGGCACUGCUGAUCUAACAUCAUGAAUUGUAACCGAAAUGCGCUUACAUAAUGACAUGCUUCUAGGAUGGUCUGUCAAUUAAAGGGUGCGUCGUAAGAUCCGUAGGCGUAAUUCCGCGUUUUCGGCCAACUACCGCACGGUCGUUCCGUCUCGUCGUAUCGUUCAGCUCCUCGAAGUACCGAGCCGAGUUGGAUAUAUGAAAUCGUCGCGCGUGUCGGCAUUGCCCGAGGAAACGGGGAAACAUUCCUGGGCUGCAUUUUGCAAUCGUUCAGGCCGCUUCGAGUCGCGACCUCUUCCUUUGCCGGGUCUCGAUCCCCGAGAUCCCCACUUCCGCUUCCCUUGAGCAUGUAUCGUUAAUUUCUCUUCUAGUCGAGCAUAAGCCCGAUCACUGGCGCGGUCCGACAGUUCGGUCAAUUUUACACGCUUCGAUACAUCCACACGUAGGCUCGCACGCGCAAAUUACAAGACCCAAGAGAGAGGGGAGAUACAUACCACGGAUACACCCCUAGAUUAAUCCGUUUCGCGUACCUUCGUACAAACGCAUAAUCGAACGACGAAGAGGAAGCGCGCGAGCGGUUAUCUAGUUAUUUAUAACGUAACUCGAGUGAAUAGAUAGUCUAUCAGCUAUAUUAAAAUUACCAUUAACGCAGAUUUAACGAGUAGGUAAUUAAUUAAUUGUGUAACUAAUUAAUACCGAAUCACUAGAAAGACUAAUAGACAUUUAAAGUGCGCAUGACCCGGAGGGAUGACGGGGGGGUGAGUGCGUGCACGUGAGGAACCGCCUCUUACGUUACGCACCAGUCAUUCGUUUCGCGACCCGCAAUUGCGAUUUUUGCUCGGAAUUUAUUUUCACCUGGGAAAGGGAAGGGGAGAGACUUUGCCUGAAUCUUUCGUCAGAUUUUCAAAAUUCAUGGAGAAGUGAUACCGAUUAGCUUCCCACGCGCGGAAGGCUUUCCCAUCGAAGAGCGUUAUCAGUCUGCAAGACUGUGUAGUACUCGUAAUGACUUGAAAAAUAUAAACAGCGAAGCCAUUUCACGGUUAAAUAGUACAUUAACCUUUUUUACUCUGAGAUGUACGGUAAACCAGAGAAAAAAUACUCUUAUUCAUACUAUUAACCGUACCGAGUUUCUUUCUCAUUUAAUAAUAAUCUGCAUUAAAUCGAUUAUUUUUGUAGUGCAAAGUGUUGUCUCCUUCUCUUGCUUUCUGUUUCGGCUUAUUUUUGACGUUUCAUUGAAUGCAUUUCGGUCUAGCAAUAAAUACAGCACUCGGCAGUUGCAUUUGUGGUAUAAAGUCGAGUAUUUCAUGUGAGAUAUGUUGUACAUUUUUCAAAACGAUAUAUGUAAUUUUAGUAUUGACCGUCAUGUAGGAACGUGUGUCUCUUUUCAGUACAAAUUCUCCAUUUCGGUUUAAAAAUUCAGGAAUAAUUAAUUCACCGAAGCAUUCGACCAUUAUCGUUAACAUUUACGUAGUUGCACUCACAGCUGUGAUAAUGAUUUCAAGAUAUCGUACGAGCAGUGUGCCACAUUUCCGGGAUUUCAAAACAUCCGACUAGAAGUAUCAUUGAAUCUCGAUCAAUGUGGAAUGAUCUCAAUAAUUUAGUAUGAAAAGGCGCCUGUUUCUUCCUUGAUAACAAACGUCAUUAAUGACAUAAGUUAAACCUAAUAGAAUACGCUUCCGAUCUCUUCCCUCUUGAUAUUUAAGUGCACAAGUCAUGCAUUUAUUUCCGGACCACUUGUGCACCACAAUGGACAUUAACCAAUCACCCUGCACUUGCCUUACAUUCCACGAUGCUCUUAGUGUAACGUUAUCGUUAUAGAGCUAGAUCCUAGUCAUUGAAAUUAAAUUAAUUUGCAUUUUACUGGCUAUGUAUCACUCGAAGUUAUCAGUUUCUCUUUCUUUUUAAAUACGUACGCACUCGUAUUUCUUCAAUUCCUCGUGGAAUUAAUGAAAUAGCGUACUUACGAAAUGCAUACAUCAUUCCGAGCGAAAACCGCAAGGCGUAGAGGCGUUGAGACAUAAAUCAUUGAGAAAGAAUGAAUGAACGAUCGCUAGUUUAAUUCUAGAAGUGUGAGCCCGCCGGUGUAAUUAACAGGUGCGUACGGGUGCGUGUGCAGUGUGUCUGAGUGGUAACCAUCGCAAGCGCAAAAAAGGGAACCAUAAGUGAUUUUGUAACGUUUCUUAUAAGUUGUAGCUGCCAUAUCCAGUGACUAAGUAAUUCGAAUGCGAUGUGAGUGAUGCAUACGUAUGAUUGCGAAAAUGAUGCUCGCGACGAUGGUAAACGACGAUAGUGACGACGAUUUAACGAUGGACGAUGAUCAGUAAUUAACGACGAUCUUUUAGUGCUGUCGAACGCACGCGACUCCAAAAUACUGGAUGAGUUAAGCUAAGGCUUCGAAAGACGACGGGUCUAAAGGAAACAAUAACAGUUCAUUAUAAUUAUGUAAUUAUUAAUGAGAGGAAUGAAGAGUAUUAUAACAUGUUGUUAAUUGAAUUAAUAAAACUAGCCCAAAGUA